UUCUGCCUCUCAGAAGCUCAGCCAAGGCAGGGAUCCAUUCGGAGGACGGUCGGUCGGAGUGGGCCUUGGAGAACAGCCAAGCUGAGCUGAGCUGAGCUGCCGAGAGCGUUCGCAGGAGGGAGUUUCUACCGGAUGCAAGGCUAUUCCUUGCCACACUGACGAACGGUGCUCGGUGCUCGUUUGCAGGGAAAACAACUUUCGCAGUUCCCCAAUCUGUUGAAAAGCAGUGGGAGGGUUAGCUGCCCAAUGCCACACAGCAUCAGACCAUCCAUGAGCUCAGAUUUCCAGCAUUACAGUUUCAGGAUGCCAAACAUUGGAUUCCAGAACCUGCCUCUCAACAUAUACAUUGUGGUCUUUGGCACGGCUAUAUUUGUCUUCAUCCUUAGUUUACUCUUCUGCUGCUACUUGAUAAGGCUAAGACAUCAAGCCCACAAAGAGCUUUACGCCUACAAACAGGUUAUCCUAAAGGAAAAGGUCAAAGAACUCAAUUUACACGAGAUCUGUGCCGUUUGUUUAGAAGAAUUCAGGCCCAAAGAUGAGCUGGGAAUAUGUCCGUGCAAACAUGCGUUCCAUAGAAAAUGCCUCAUUAAAUGGCUGGAGGUGCGGAAAGUGUGCCCCCUCUGCAACAUGGCCGUCCUGCAGCUGGCCCAGCUCCACAGCAAGCCGGAUCCCCACGGCCCCCCGCAGGAACCCCUGCCCGGGACAGCAAACAUCGUAUAGCUUCCCGCCAGCUGCGCCCUCCUCCUCCCCAACAGACUCCACCAACGCCUGCAGAGACUCGCCAAUCUCUGGGCCUGCUGCUUACCGCCUCGGAGGAUCUUCCAGGACCCCCUUUAUCUCAUGAAAAACACCCGGGAUGCCCCCAAGGAAGAAGGGCAGACGUUCAAGCUAGGGAAACGCCAAGAGCCCGGAGCAGCAAGGACGCAGGGAAGCGAGCAAGGCUCCGGUUUUGUCUUUCUCUUAAUUUUUUUUUUCUUUUUGUAAAUGCACUUUACCAAGAGACGUGUGUCGAGGAGGUGAGCUGGCUGUCUUGGAUUUGGAUCAGGCAGUCAGCGAAGGAGACCGAGAAAGGGACUCCAAAGCCAAGAUGGGAGAUGCAGUGGGGAGCAAGCUGGGAGCCGUGCCAGAGCGAGCGGGCCUCUCCGGAUGGAGAGGCUGCACGUGGAAAAAGCGCCCUUUGGUUCCAGCGCUUGGGGGUCACCUUUGGCCAAAUUGCUUGUGGGUCCCAGAACUGGACAGGAGCAAGAGAAUUCUGAUUCCCCUUGGAAGACGAGCCGGGAUGGGAAAACCUUUCGUGCAGCGGUAUUGCAGUUCACACAGCCUCUGGAGCGGUAAAGGAAUACCUCUAGAUCCCACGCCUUCCGGGUGAGGCGCAGAGGAGCAAGGCUUGUUGAAAAUGAGGGUGGGGUCUGCCAAAUUGUGACUCUGGGGGCCUUGCAAAGCCACUUGAGCCCCAGAAAGUGAUUCCUUAAUGCAGUGUUGUCCAAACUUGGCCACUUUAAGAUGAGUGGACUUCAACUCCC